AUGCUAGAGGUUGGCAAUCGGCAAUCCUCGGCUGAUUCCGCUACGCUCCAUACAAAUUAUGCGAGGUACGAGCCACCCGAGGAGCUCCGAGUGAGCGGAAAUUUAGCAUUACAGAGACCUGCUUGGCAGGAGUAUAAUUUUACCGAUAAACCUAUAAAAUGGGGUGCCUCAAAGGCGGUGGAUGGGCUGUUUGCCAACCGUGGAGCUAAUGGAAACCAAUGCACGAUCUCGGGAAACGAACAGCGUACUGCGACAUGGUGGGUGAAUCUACAGAGUGUGGUCAGCAUUAGUUAUGUCAAAAUCUACUACAGAACUGAUAAUUUUCCAAGUCCUAGCGUAUACGUUAGUCGAUUUGCAGGGUUUUUCCUAUAUGUUUCCAACACGACCGCAAAAGAAAAUGGUCAUCUAUGCUUCCAUGAGAUACAGAAUAUCAGUGGUACACCUAUAGAAGAUCAAAGGAUAAACUGUUCUGUUUAUGGACAAUAUGUUAUAUACUACAAUGAAAGGAAAGCUAAUGUGACGUAUCCUAGCUACUACUCUAAAAAAGCAUAUAAUGAAUUAUGUGAAUUGGAGGUUUAUGGUUGCCCUGUUCCUGGAAAAUAUGGAGUACAUUGUAAUCAAUCAUGUUCAGAGAACUGUCAGGGACUGCAAUGUGAUGCUGUUACUGGAAACUGUCUGAAUGGCUGUUAUCCAGGAUAUCAAGGCCCCCACUGUAGUUAUUUAAAUUUAGCAUUGCGGAGACCUGCCUGGCAGGCAAAUGAGUAUUCGCAAACUUGGAAUGCUGCCAAGGCAGUGGAUGGACAAUAUUCUGACCGGUCAGCAGAUGGAAACCAGUGCACAAUAUCAGCAGACAGGAAACAAACAGCUACGUGGGGAGUGGAUCUAGGUAGUGUCGUCAGCAUCAGUUAUAUCAACAUCUACUACAGAACAGAGAAUAAACCUAGUAAGCGUGCCAUCUGUCUAGAUGCCCUGAUUCUAGAUAUUACGGAAAAUACUGUGACCAACUUUGUCCAAACAAUUGUCUUGGACAGAGGUGUAAUAUAUCAACAGGGAACUGUCUGGGAUGUAAACCGGGAUAUAAAGGACCUCGCUGUAGUCAGGAAUGUGAGGGUGGAAUGUACGGAAGUGAUUGCAGUAAGACGUGUGGUCAAUGUCUCGAAUGUGACGGUGGAAUGUAUGGUGCUAACUGCAGCCGAACCUGUGGUCAUUGUCUUAAUGAUACACAGUGCCACCAUAUUAACGGUACUUGUUUACAAGGAUGUUCCACUGGCUACAAAGGAUUUCCUUGUACUGAAGCCUUUAGAACUGCAGGAAGAUGAGCCUUCAGCACUUCCUAUUGUUGGUGGAGUGAUCGCUGCUACUGUUGUACUCCUAAUUAUUAUAGUUUCCAUCAUCUUGCGCAGGAGAACACGGACAUUGAAAGCCAGUAAUGCAGACAAAAGGACAAUGAAUGCAGAAACAAACCUAUCUGAUAUUAAUACACCCUCAAAACCAGUAAACGAAGGUUUAAGAAAUAUUUAUGAGAAUAUGGAAGGAACGUCAUAUUUAAAGGAGAAAAAGGACUCUAACAGUAUUUCCAAUAAACACAGCAAAGAACCGAAAACAAGAAACAAUGAGCGCGACGAUGAUAUUGAUAACGAUGAGAAAUUACAUGACGAAAAUCCAUACGGAGAUUUCUAUAUAAACGAAGAAACUAUCCCAGAUAUAAAUAUCGAAGAUUUAGAGAGUACUAUUAAGGAAAAACGAAAAAAUAAAGAUGAUGGCUUCAAAAGAGAGUAUGCGGCCAUGCCUUAUGGUGAGAAGUACCCUUGCAACGCUGGAAAACAACCAGAAAACGUACCAAAGAACAGAUUCAAGACAACAUUUCCUUACGAUCAUUCCAGAGUCAAAUUGUCCAACAGCCAGUCAGACUACAUCAAUGCCAAUUUUAUUGAGGGUACAAAGAAGCCAGAUGAAUAUAUUGCAGCACAAGGACCUCGUCAAAACACACUGACAGAUUUCUGGUCCAUGAUUUGGCAGGAGAAUGUCACCCAAAUAGUUAUGCUUACCAACCUCAAAGAAGGGAACAAAAUAAAAUGCACCAAGUACUGGCCAGAUCUGAAUCAAUCUAGUGCCUUUGGUUUAAUAUCGCUAUGCACGGAAGAAGAGCAAAGCUAUGCCAAUUAUAAAAUCAGGAAAUUUAGAGUAACCUACAAAGGGAUAAAAAAAUCUCGCAUGGUAACUCAGUAUCACUACACAGCCUGGCCGGAUCACGGGACCCCGGAACCGCUCUGUCUAGUAGUUUUCCAUGACCAGGUGACAAGGACAAAAGAUAAACAAAAUGGUGGUCCAACAUUAGUACACUGCAGUGCUGGAAUCGGUCGUACAGGGACAUAUAUCGCUAUUGACUCUUUAUAUAAGGAAGGCGAAUCAGAGAGGAAAGUCAACAUCGCGGAAUACGUGAAGAAAAUGAGGGAAAAUAGAAUGAACAUGGUUCAGACAUAUGAGCAGUAUAUUACUAUAUUUCUGGCACUUGACGCAAUGUUCAAAGCUCCAACCUGUGUAUACACCAAACCUGAAUUCUUAAGGAAAGCAGAGUUAAUGACACGUGAUAAACCAGCCAAUGAAAGUGAACUAAGAAUGCAGUUUCAGAAUCUACUAAGAGUUCGACAGUCAUACACAGAAGCGGACUAUAAGCUGGCAUUACAGAGCGGGAAAAGUAUAUCACCUGUUCUUCCACUUGACAAGUACAGUCUUUUUCUGUCUUCAAAUAUACCAAAGCGAGGCAAUUACAUCAAUGCGGUUUCACUAUCAUCUUACACCAAGAAUAAUGGAUUUAUGAUAACUCAUUAUCCGUCACCAGAGGACGCUGUAGACUUCCUGCGCCUGCUCACUGACCAUGCGUCAGAAACGGUGAUUUGUAUGGAUCCUUUGAGAGAGGUUGAGUCAGCAAAUGACGAGAGUUGCUUGGUGUCGGUGAUAGAGCCAAAGGAAAACUUUAAAACAACAGAUCGUUCCCAGGCGACAGCGCAGAUGUUACGUUUGGUUUCAUUGGUUCUUCAGAGUCAAACAGAAGGCCCUAUAACAAUAGUUAGCAGUGAUGGCGCUGCCCUUUGUGGAGUGUUCUGUGCUGUAUAUAACGUACUUCAACAGUUAUCUAUGGACGGGGAGGUGGACAUUUUCUCUACUGUCCGUCAGUUACAGAUACGACGACCAGAACUUUGCUCUACCAUGGAGGAGUACAGAAUGAUUUACGAUGUCGUGUUGGAUUACAUCCGGGCACAAGAUGACUCAUCUGAGGAAAAUAUUUACUGCAACCAAUAAUGACAGUCUGUAAAGAAAGAGUUAAUGUAAUUAAGUCUGGUUCUUAAGUAUAAAAGAUGGAAUGAAGGAUUCCAGUGUUUUAUAUGGGAAAGUGAUAUGUAGCAACAAAUAUAAAUCCUUAUCCAUUUCUUCUCAUGAUAAACAUUUGUUUUGAUGUCAGUACAAUGCUUAUUAGCACUAAUAUAUCUAUGCAAUUCGCUGAUUUACUGUCCACUAUAGAAAUAGAUCGAAAACUAAUUUCUUA